AUGUCUAAAUCAUCUUUAAUUCCACUCGAUUUUUUUCUUGAUAUGUGCCCAUUUGAUCUCUAUUCUAAAACGGGUCCCUCUAUUCCAUCAUGUAAUCCAGCAAUAGCUCCAGACAUUUCAAUGAUUCAUGGUAUGAAUAUAUCAACAAAUAAUCAUAAUAUGACAGCAUUUCUCGAAUCUCAUGCAAAUCACCCUAUGCUAAAUGGUGAACUUCUUCUUUCAUAUUGUCCAUCAACCUCACUUAAUAUGCCAUCAGCAAACGACACAAUGAAGCUAGCACCAUCACUUAUUCCAUGUGCAUUAACACAAUGUUGUUCAAAUAAUAAUCUUCAAUCAAUAAUUAAUUUAUCUAAAACAAUCAAUGAAUAUUUAGAUGAUAUUAUUCGUUUGUUAAUCCAUAUGGAUACAAGUUCCGAUAGACGUAUGCAUAGUAUAAAUAAUCUUUUACAAAAUAUUCAAUUUAUUGUUCAACGUUUAAUAUAUAUUCAACAAAAAAUAAUUAAACCAUUAAAUGAUUCCUCAAGUGAUAUGUUAAAAUUAAAUAUGUUAAUACGUUCAAAUAAUAAUCAAUCAAAUAACAAUAAUAAUAAUAAUUCUGUUUGUUUAGAUCAUCGUUUACACGAUGAAGUUAUUUUAAUAUUAAAACAAAUUGUUUCAUUAAUUGAUUCAUCGCGUUUUUCAGCAAUAUUAACAAAUAUUAAUUUGCAACAGAAACUUGAUUCAAUUCAUGAACAAACAAAUCUUAUGCAUGAACAUCUUGUUACUAUUACACGUAAACUUGAAACGAAUAUUAUCUGA